AUGCCGGCGAUGAUAGGUGGAUCUGGUAAUUGGUUUGUUCCGAUUCUGAUAGGUGCACCUGACAUGGCAUUUCCGCGAUUAAAUAAUAUUUCAUUCUGGUUGUUGCCACCAAGUCUCUUGCUCCUAUUAAGCUCAGCCUUAGUAGAAGUGGGUAGCGGCACUGGGUGGACGGUCUAUCCGCCCUUAAGCGGUAUUACCAGCCAUUCUGGAGGAGCAGUUGAUUCAGCAAUUUCUAGUCUUCAUCUAUCUGGUGUUUCGUCGUCCCAGACCAUUAGCUCACUUUCCUAUUAUAGUUUAAAACUCAAGCAUCAUCCCUCCAUAAAACCGCUACUAGAAGGUGGGACUGUGAUUCAGUAUGGGGCUCGAACAUUGAAUGAAGGUGGUGAAAUAACUGGAGUUGAGCAAUCUUCCUUUAGUCAUAAUUGUUCAAAAGUAAGCUAG